CCCUUCCCAUCCACCUUAUCCUCCUUCCUCCACGGCGGCUUUUUGUCAUCGCCUGUCACAUACCUCUGCACUCCACCUUGACUUCAUUCCGUUUCGUCUUCGAAACGGUUUAUUGCUUGGAUCCCAGAGCAGUAUUGCUGCAGGGGAGACAUUGACUUGUCCAUCUCCCGCAAAGGGUACGUUGUUCUCUUCACUUGGUCUUGACCUCACUUGUCUUGCCUUUCCUGGCAGACACCUCAGGUGCCUGUCGCUCUUGAGUCUCUUUGAGCGUCAUCUCCAUCUGUCACUCACCUUGUCUGUCCUCUCUUGACUGACUUUGAGCUCUGCGUCUACACAGACUGCUAUCUGCAAAAAGCUUUUCUAUCUACUCUCAGCGUCGGCUGGUUUACGGCUCGAGUAUUCCACUACUCACGUCGCGAUGGAUUCUCUUACGACCCAUCCUUCUACCGCGCAGCAGGCCCGGGCCUUCACUUCCCCCGCCUCUCUGUCCUUCCCCGGUGGUGCCGGCGAUUUGACUCCGCCUUCCGAUAAAGACGGAAACAUGGCGAUGGCUCAGGGUGCGAAUGGGAUGAUGAACGGUCAGCAGCAGGGAGGAAAUGCCGCUAAUGGCAACGGGGUGGCGCCCGCAACUCCAGCUGCGACUCCCGGUGCCAACACUCCGGGAAGUGGCAUUGUGCCUACGUUGCAAAACAUUGUCGCGACGGUCAACCUUGACUGUCGUCUGGACUUGAAAACGAUCGCUCUCCACGCAAGAAAUGCGGAGUACAACCCUAAGCGUUUCGCGGCCGUGAUCAUGCGUAUCCGAGAGCCGAAGACGACCGCUUUGAUCUUCGCCUCCGGCAAGAUGGUGGUUACUGGUGCCAAGUCGGAGGAUGACUCCAAGCUGGCUUCCAGAAAAUACGCACGUAUCAUUCAGAAGCUUGGUUUCAAUGCCAAGUUCACGGAUUUCAAGAUCCAGAACAUCGUGGGUUCUUGCGAUAUCAAGUUCCCCAUCCGCCUGGAGGGUUUGGCCAGUCGCCAUCACAACUUCAGUUCCUACGAACCUGAGUUGUUCCCCGGUCUUAUCUACCGCAUGAUGAAGCCUAAGAUCGUGCUGCUUAUCUUCGUCAGUGGAAAGAUCGUCCUCACUGGUGCUAAGGUCCGUGAGGAGAUCUACCAGGCGUUCGAACUGAUCUAUCCUGUGCUUUCGGAUUUCCGUAAAGUCUAAAAGGGCAUCGCCUUUUCUCAGGAAGAUCUCGACCACCUCGUCCUUCCCAUCUUCAUCAACUUGUAUUAACACUUGGCUUUUCCCCUUGCACUGGCCCGCGAGGUUGUACUAUGAACGGACAACGCGCUUCAACCCAGCACGGCUGAUGCUUUUUUUGCUGUUCCGAUUUUUCUCUCUUCUACACCUUUGCACAUCACGAUUUUCAUGCUAGCAUCUGUACGGCGUUCGAGCGAUUGGUCUCUAUUGUCCCUUUUUUUUCCUUCCUGUUUC